AUGGAAGCCAUUCAGCGACGUUCAGAUAGUGUGGUCGCCGUGCAUACUAAUCCUACCAACGAUGGGAAACAGCUACAAUUCUCUAUAACAGACGUCGCCCCCGGUAGCAGUUCUUCAACACCAGCCAUCGCACCCGAUGCUACCGACGUACCUGCCAAGGGAGCGGUUUUUCAGCUUCCGGCGCCUUUGCAGCAGGGCUGGCCAGAACGCCGCAUCCAUCGCUGGAAGUCGCCAAUCAUGAUGGUUGUAUUCUUUCUUGUUGGGUUGGCGAUGAGUCUUGCGCAUUGUAUUUUCUAUCCUAGCUUGAAAGGAAAGGUCGUGGGGAACUCAGAUGCGCAGGAAGAGAAGAUCAGGCAAGUUUUAUCACCAUCAAGGGUUGUCACAGUCGCUAAUUUCUCUGACCAGAUUCGGUACUGCCUUCUCGUUCAUAGCCCAGAUCAGCCUCGGUGCAGCGAUUUGGGCAAGCUACACUCAGUGGCUAUGGCGUACGGUGAAAAGGAAGGAAAUGACCGUGGGAGGGUUGAAUGCAGCUUUUGGAGCCGAUACUUCGGUGCUCUCGCUGCUGAAUCUGGAGAUGCUGCGGGCCUUCUUCUUCCGCCCUUCUUCACUCCAGCGACACUUUUCGUGUACCAAAGCUUGAAUGUGGAGAGCAUCGAUGGCCUCAUGCCAUUUCCACAUAUCGCAAACGCUACCCCUAGUGUUGGCUCCACCUACUCUUACUCACCGCCGGCUCGUCGCGGUAGGAUUCAGUUUGUGGACGACGUGAGUCGAGUUUUUGUUGGCCCAAGAACGAUAGUCUCUUUAAUUGCCAGCGCCACUGCAUCCCUCGGCGAGAUCCUUCCCAUCAAACUGCCGUACCAAACCUCCAGCCAUGAGAUCGAGUUCCACGCGCCCAUAGUGCAGUGUCUGGACGCCAACACUACUGCCGUCGAGCUGAUAGAAUCCUUUCGCAAGCAAGAUAUGGCAAUUGGCGAUGGCGUAGUCGUUGAGACAGACAGUGUAUACUAUGCAUUUAUACCCAGCUAUAACGAGACAGGCGACCUGUAUCCAGUUCUAACGCCGCGGCUCCAAACGCGAUCGAACGCUUCGAAUGAGCUUUGGAUGACCUUUCUCCGGCCCGUUAUCAAAUCGGGUGAACGGGUUACUGAACGCCGUUAUCAGGUCUGCAAAUUGCACAACGCUACAUAUAACUUACGCAUUGCACGAGAUCUUGGCCUUCAAAAUAUCAGUAAAUCUUAUACGAUCAACGAGCAGGUCCAUUAUCCUCGAGACAAUUCCACGUCGAUCUCAAAUAUGGCGCAGCACGCCUACACGGCCUUCAUGUGGGCACUAUGUGAUCAGCUGGUCGGAAAGUUCUCGUGGUAUAACAAUACUGCUUGGAGCCAAAACUCUUCAUUAUCAUCACCGUCAGGUGCGGCACAAUUUGGCGUGCUUCAGUCGCCGAUCUCGCGCACCAGCCUCUUAGGGAGCUUGGACCUCGAUGCUUUCUUUGACCUGGAUGAGGCGAAUAAACUCUACAGUAAACCGGAGGGUAACGGGUCUCUCAGUGACCAGCGCUUGAUGGACAAAGCGAUGGCGAAGAACAGGACACUAGAUGUGCUAAUUGAAGAGUUAAGCUUCAACAUCAGUGUCGGACUGAUGUGGGAUCCACUCUUAACGCACCGCAAGGUAGUCCCUGUCAACAUUACCACGCAGGUAAACCGCUACGCGUACAAGGCGCACGGCCUGUUUAUCCCCUAUGUCCUAGCCAACAUCUCCAGUCUGGUGAUCGUCAUAUUCGGUCUCUGGUCUUACAUACGCGACGGACCUAUGCCAGACAAGAAGUUUCAAGAUCUCGUCUCCGCUGCGGAAGACAGUUCCGUAGUGCACAUCAUUCGUAACCGCAAGCGUAGCGUCACUGCGGUUCUGAGAAAUGAAAAGCUGGUCCUUCAGGCAGGGAACAGCCUUGACGGCAACGACAAGGCAGGAUUACCUGCGAUGCUAAAGAAGGUUUGGCAUGGUGGGCGUGGAAAGUUGACCUGCACGGACUAGGAUAGGGCCGAUGUCGUACUUAAGCGAUACGGUCGGAGUAGUGCAACGCGGUUACUGGCCUCCGUAUCCGGUCACUGCGCCCACCGCGCAUCACCAAGACUCGUGCGAUACUACAGAUGGCCCCUAAGUUGGAUUACG